CGUCAGUCGUACACGCGCUGAUGUUGUGAUUGACGGACAAACAGAAGUCAUGUUGAACUUUCGUUUUGCUUUUCGCCGUCACAAAAAUGUUUUAAGUAAUUAAACCACGAUGUCCGACAUAUUGAUGAAAGAAAUGGAGAGUGUAUCGGUCAGUCCGUUGAAGGCGGAGGAGCGUCCGGACGGUGUCUCGAGCUUCCUGUUGGUGGAUGAGCAGGAAAACCUUCAGGUCCGCGAUGAGUCUGAGUUUGUGGACAGACUCGGCUGUGGGGACGUGGCGGGAGUCAAGGUCCUUUCCAUCUUUGGCAACACUGGUGAUGGCAAGUCCCACACCCUCAACCACAUCCUGUUCGGUGGUAAGAGUGUGUUCUACACAUCCAAGUCCCCCAGCUCCUGUACGGUGGGAGUGUGGGCCGCGUACGACCCCACCCUCAGCCUGGUCGCCCUGGAUACUGAGGGCCUGUUGGGGGCUGCAGCCAAUCAGAACCAGAGGAUGCGGCUGCUGCUAAAGGUAUUGGCAGUGUCUGAUAUAGUAGUCUAUCGUACACGGGCAGAGCGCCUGCACAACGACAUGUUCCUGUUCCUGAGCAGCGCCUCAGGGGCCUACCUGAAGCACUUCACCCCGGAGCUCAGAGCUCUUUCCAGCCGUUGUGGUCUGGACGUGCCCCUCUCUUCUCUCGGGCCUGCUGUUAUCAUCUUCCAGGAGACAACACACACCCAGUUACUUGGUCACGAUUCUAAGGUAGCCGGCCAUGCUGACACGCUGCUCCAGAAACGGUUUCACGACCUAGGCUUGGGGACAGAGGCCUUCAGCUCGGUACAGUAUGUAGGCACCCAGACCAUCACUCCUCCCACUGACUACAGCAAGCUGCUGGAGGCCGUCAGGCAGCAAGUGAAGAACACUCAUACACGUUCGCCCCGCCAGCCCGGGAUAGUGUUUCACGCCCUGGAGGCCCUAAGUGAGCGUUUCUGUGGGGAACUGUUGGAUGACAAGAUGGCCCUGUAUUCCUUCUUCCCAGACGAGUACUUCACCUGCUCCGCUGUCUGCCUCAGCUGCAACAUUCGCUGUAAAAAUGGAAUGAACCACCUAAGAGACAGGGUCCCCCAUAUGGCAGAUGGGCUGUGCCAGUAUGCACACCAGUACAAUAACAAGGUUCUUAUCUGUAAGCGGUGCUAUGAAGGCGGCAGAGAGGUGAUUGUCAUUCCCAAGACGUCAGCUUCCAGUGACAACCCAUGGUUUGGACUGGCCAAGUAUGCCUGGUCAGGCUAUGUGUUGGAGUGUGCUAGCUGUGGUGUUAUCUACCGCAGCAGACAGUACUGGGUGGGAAACCAGGACCCUGAGAGCGGUGUGGUACGAUCUGAGGUUAAGCAUGUCUGGGAGGGGUCGGACACCUUUCUGACCACCCACCAGAACGCCGCCCAGAGGGUCCUUGAUGGGAUGAACUACAUGAUUCAGUCAGUGUCGGAGUACAGCACCGGCCCCACCAAAGCUGUCACUGCCUGGCUCACUGACCAGGUGGCGCCCCCAUACUGGAGACCCAAUACAGAGAUCACUGCCUGUCACGGCUGUCAGAAGGUGUUCGUGGAGGCGGAGAGGAAGCACCACUGCCGAUCAUGUGGCGAGGGGUUCUGCCAUCCCUGCUCCAGCCACAGGAUGCCGGUGCCAGAGAGAGGCUGGGGCAGUGGCCCUGUCAGGGUGUGCAAGGCCUGCUACCGACAAGGAGGGCCAGCUGACACUAACAGCCAGGUGUGUAAGGUGGAGCCUCGUGGUCUGAUAGCUCGCAGGGUGACGGAGGUGGCCCAGUCUACACUGGACAUGGUCACCACGGCUGUGGACUACCCUCUCUGUUUUGUGAAAGAUGUGGCUCGGCCAGACUACUGGGUGCCAGACCAGGACAUCACCCAGUGCCACCAGUGCUCCAAAACCUUCACUCCGGCAAUGUCCAAGCACCACUGCAGGGCCUGUGGACAGGGUGUGUGCGGCCCCUGCUCCACCCACAUCAGGCCCGUGCCCUCCCGAGGCUGGGACCACCCGGUCAGAGUGUGUGACAGCUGCCAUGCCCGCACGGAUAGUCUGUGAGCUUUUUUUUUUUUUUAACCAGGAGAACUUCUCAAAGUGCACUCGGUCUUCCUCAGAUGAUCCACAAAAACACUGUGAAUCCUGGCACUGCUGCUCCGAGAGAACACAGAGGAUUGAUCACUCAGCACUAAAUGGCAGAACUGGAAUCAGCCUUAGUUUUGCAUGAGAAGACAGGAUGUGUUGAAGCUUAAAUUGGUCCCCAACUGGACCGGGUGUUUUAUCAGUGCUAACCUAGGAUCGGCUUUCCAUAUCAUCUGCCUUCCCUGACCAGCUGAUUCUGCAGUACUUCUGAGGUCAGACAUACUACAGCCCCACUGAAACAGUCAAACUGCUAUAAAAUCAACUGGACAAAUGGAAAGCUUGGGCUUGUGAUUUUAACUGACUUGUGGAAAAUGAAGACAUACGACUCUCAGUUCUCACUGUAACAGCAGAGCUUGUACUCUUAACUGCAAUCGAGUGUGGUUUUCCUUGUUCAUUCAUUUGUGUAUGCACAGUCCUGCAACCCGCUGCCCACUCUCAAUCUGAACAAUUUGUUAGCUAAAAAUGGAAAGGGGAACACGUAAAAUGAAGGCGUGCACUGGGAAUAGUGGGCGAUUUUAAAGUUUUUAAAUCUGUUUCAAAAAGUCUUGAGCCAUCUCAACAACUUGCAUUGUCUCUGCAAAGCCCUCAGAAGAGUAGAAAUUAUGUGAGGUGAUUUUAGCUUAUAUCCUCCUCACGAUCCUCCUCUGAACCAUCUCUUUCUCUCUCUGGGGUAAAAUGAAAAUAAUGGACGGACGGGGAAACAGAAACUAGUUCAAACUUUUGGAAAAACCUAACUUUGUGUGUGACUGUUACUCCGGGCAGAAUGAGAUCCAAGAUGGGAGAAACACAAGCUACAGCAGUGUGUGCCUUCAUGGGAAUCUUAAUUCCCAUUUCUAACCAUAGGGGCUAUGGUUUGCUUUUGGGGAGUCCUCCAUAUGUGAAUAGGGGUAAUAAGAUUAUUUGUGCCUAUUUACAGAGCAAAGUUAUUUUCAGCCUCUGAUCUAACUCUUACAGUGACAACAUGGUGAAACGGAUAUACAAAUGUAGCACAAUACAAUAUAGACAUUCCAGUGGAAGUACUUGUGUACUCAUGUAGAUUUACCUCUCAGAGGUCAUUAUAAAAAGUGGAAGUGAUAUGUGUGUGUUGAUAAAAAAUUUGUUUCUUUUGAAGGGAGUUCCUCUGGGUAACAUACUGGAUGCAUUAAUGCCACAUUUCUCUCUCUGUAUAGAAAUAAUCAAUUCAGUUUUCAAGAUUUAAUUUUUUCCAGUAAACUCUAGCAUUUGACAAUCUUGAUUUUUUUUCCCCCUUCCAUAAAUCAGGCUCGUCCAAAUAAAGAAAACAAAGAAAAUGUUGUGUCUCUACAAUUGUAUUCAGUCUGUCUCUCCCCCUCUCUCUCUAAUCUCUCCAUAAUGUCCAUUCAUGCUUUAUUUGCAUGAAUGGGCAGUAAACAUUGUUGCAAAAGUAAUUAGAUGACAACACAAAGACAUUGUGGCAGUUACAAAAAAAAGAACAUAUGAAUCAAAUGAGGAUUAACCUGCUAAAUAAUCCAAACACAUUAUCUGAUGGUGAGGCUGAAAUCUGCAUAUUUACCCAGCAGGACUCUUCACAGCCUAAUUAUUAAAAAACUGGUGUUUGUUUUAGCCCAUGUUUAUAUUUAGAACAGGAGAGUAAAUAAUGUGCUUUGUCUUAAUUUACAAUACCUCUGUUUUGCUUUUCUUUGAACUGAUGAAUAUCAGGGAGUUAUUAAGCUACUUCUAUGCAGAAUUUGGUAGUACUGUACUGUUGGUCAGUUGGUUUUGUUUAGUCUUUCGUCCUCAUAAAACUGUUUUUAUUAGCAGUGUCCAUUUCUAUUGAGUUUUGUGGCUGUGGGCGGUAAAUGUGGUGUUUGUGCUAAGUCUCCUGCUUUUAUAUAAAAGCUUGAUUGGUAAAGACUUUGCAGCUGUCUCUCCUAUUUGCAGCAGCAGUAAAUGCGUUCCUUUCACUGUCAUAUACUCAGAGAUUAAAGGUUGUGUCCAAAUUGUA